GUGGUUGGAAAUAUGGUAGCUGCCACAGGUAAUCAACACAAUCUCGAAGGCAUGGGUUACAACAAUCAGAUGAACAACGGCAUGGGUGGCAUGCAGCAUGCCGGCAGCAACAUGAUGGGCCAAAAUGGGGGUCAGAGUUGGGCAAAUGCGCAACAAAUGUCCGGCGCGGGGCAACAAAUGAACCAAAUGGGCACCGCUGGCAUGAACGGCAUGUCCCAGAUGCAAAUGGGCGGCAAUUCCAUGGGAAGCAUGAAUGGCAUGGCAGGUACGGGAGGAUAUCCGACAAAUACCCGACACCAUCCCCAAAUGAACCCGAUGCAGCAAAUGCAACAAAUGGGCAUGUCGGGCGGCGGCAUGCAACAACAAAUGAUGAAUCCCCAAAUGAAUCCGCAAAUGAACGGAAUGAACCAACUUGGGCCCAUGGCGAAAAUGCAAGGCAUGGCAAAUGGGUAUUCGGGACGUCGCAUGACCCCGUAUCCCAAUCCACAAAUGGCAGCGGCGCAAAAACGCGCCGGCAUGUAUGGCGGAAUGGGAAAUCAAGUCGCCGGGAUGCCGUUUGGGCAAACGCAACCAAAUGUUCCUAUGGGCAUGCAAAAUUCGUAUGCGGGCAGAGGUGGGCCCAUGUAUGGACGCGGGCCGAAUCAGAUGAUGCCGCAAGCGAGACAAAAUGCAAUGCCGCCAUAUGGAGGCGCUGGAACGGGUGCUAAUGGAGGACCAAUGAAUCCGCAGCAGUAUUAUGGUAACGCUACUGCAGCUGGCGGCUACCAGAAUAUGCAGGGAUUUCAAAAUAUGCAACCCGAUCCGGCACGCAUGAACUAUCAGCACAGUCCUGUUCCUGGCAAUCCGACGCCUCCGCUAACGCCCGCCUCGUCAAUGACCCCGUACAUUAGUCCUAAUCCAGAUAUCAAGCCAAAUAUUAUUCAAAAACCAGAUGAAUUACGUUUAACUUUUCCUGUGCGCGAUGGCAUAAUCCUACCGCCAUUCCGUCUCGAACACAACCUCGCCGUUAGCAAUCACGUGUUUCAACUGAAACCCACUGUAUAUAAUACGGUAAUGUCUCGCUCCGACCUGGAACUGCAACUCAAGUGUUUCCAUCACGAGGAUCGUCAAAUGAACACAAAUUGGCCCGCAAGCGUUCAAGUUUCCGCCAAUUCGAAUCCGCUCGAGAUCGAUCGUGGCGAGAACAAGAACUCGCAUCGACCGCUUUAUCUCAAACAAGUGUGCCAACCCGGUCGAAAUACCAUCCAAAUUACCGUUAGCACGUGUUGUUGUUCCCAUUUAUUCGUACUUCAAUUGGUGCAUCGACCAGCAGUGCGACACGUGCUUGAUACGUUGUUGCGGCGAAAUCUCCUGCCGACAGAACAUUCGGUCGCCAAGAUCAAACGGUUCUUCGCAAGUGGCGCAAUUCCUCCGAAUGCCAUGAACGAAUCGGAUCCGACGCAGGAACCGAAGUCAGUGAGGGUUUAUUUGAAAUGUGGCAGUACGCAUAAGAGGAUAACUCUUCCGGCACGUGGUCACGAUUGCAAGCACAUUCAAUGCUUCGAUCUCGAAACUUAUCUGCAGGUGAAUUGCGAACGCGGUAAUUGGCGAUGUCCUAUCUGCAAUAAACCCGCAUUAACGGAGGGCGUUGAAAUCGAUCAGUACAUGUGGGGCAUCAUGAACACGAUAAAGGCUUCGGGUGCUGACAUCGAUGAAUUUACCAUAGAUUCACAAGGAAACUGGAAAUCGCUCGCUAAGGGCUUGUCUGGCAACGGAAUCAAGCAAGAAACUGACUUGGAUUCGAAACAAUUCUACAAGGUGAUGUCACCGGGCAGCACUGCGCUACCAUCAUGGGAUAAUUUGCAGGCAAUGAGUCCCUAUAUGAGUCCCGACAUGAAUUCUAUUGCUUCUGGCAGCAUGAUGGGACAAAACUUCAACAACCAACGACCACAAUUCGACAACUUUGGAAAUCCAAUCAAACAGGAGCCUGGAACACCCACUGGCGAGUAUGGGGUCAAUCCGCUGGCGCAUCUAAAUGACUCUGUCAAUUCAUUGGAUCCGUUAAAUGCGAUGGAAAAGUCCUUGAAUGAUCAGAUGCCUCACACUCCCCACACACCUCACACGCCGGGCGGUCCUCCAAGCGUUCCUCCCGCGAACGAUCAAACGAAUCAAAACCCGAAUUCGAACAGCAGUGUCACAAAUAGCUCGCCCCAGCACACAUCUAGCACGAAUAAUUCCUCCACAAAUCUGCUAAAUUCAUCGAAUCCGGCAGCCAACAUAAUGAAUUCACCGCAAAGCCUCAUGAACUCACCGCAAAACAUGAUGAACUCGCCGAUGAACAACUCGCAGAACAUCAGCAAUAACGCAAACAUGCAGCAAAAUCUCAUGAGCAGCUUGGGAACACUCACGGACGUCGAUCUGAAUGCGGAUUUGAACUUUGAUCCCGCUGCCGUUAUCGAUGGCGAGGCAGGAGGUGACUUGAAUCUGUUACCGGAUAGCGUGGUCGAUCCAACCGAAUUACUGUCAUUCCUUGAUCCGCCAGACUUGAAUACGCCGCCAUCCAGUGGCUCAAGCAACAAUCCCAACAAUGACGACAUCUUGGCAGCCCUUUUUGACUGAUCGAAACACUAAGAAACGUCAGAAAUCGUCGAAAAACUGCAAAGAAAUUAAUUGUGAUGAUGUGCAAAUUAUAUUUAAAAAAUAUUCUUAUUCAUAAAAUGUAACAAACAACUAUUAGACACGAAAAAUGCAUCAAAAUUUCCCCCUUUCCUAACGAAAAAAAAUAUUUAAAAAUAAUAAAUUGUGAUUAAAUUUCAUGUUCUGACCAGUAAAAUAGCACAAAAGGCACUAAAAACAAUAAAAAAAAAGCAUAAAUGUCAUUCAAAAUUAAUUAGAAAGAUAGAUUUUUGUGGUAGUUGAAACCUUAAUCUCCAAAAAA